UAUAUAUAUAUAAAAGAUAAUAUGACGAAGGGGAUUAUUACAAGUAUUUAAUCGUUAAAUUUACUAAUUUAGAGCGCUAGAUUUUACGUUGUCGGGGUCCAAUUUCGGCAAAUAGCUCUUCGUCUCUCUCUCUCUCUCUCUCUCUCCAGUGAAUAACACUCCCAACGCGAACACUCCACAGUCCACACUCUGUAUCAGAAUUUUUGAACCUCAAAAUUCUAUUGCAGGUUUUCCUGUUCUUGUUCUGUCGCCAAGUUUCUAAAUAAAGGGCCACUCUAACUGACUUCCUGUUGCUUUUGUAAACUCUAUCUUAGUUGAAUGGUUAUAUCAAAAGCCAUCAACACUUUAUUCUAAAGAAUUAUUCCUACCCAGAUACUAAAAUUAAAAUGUCUUUUGUAUUCCCUUUAUCCUCUAUAAUUCCCUCUUCUUGUUUUAACCAAUUCAAGGUUUGUCCUCUAAAGUCCUAUCAAAGUUCUUCUCUAAAUCCAGGCUUCCCCUUUAUUCAUGGAAAGAGUCCAUUUUUUAUGACUGAAAGCAUACAAACUAUUUUCAGAAAAAAAGUACCGAAUGUAUUAAGGUCUACUGCCCUAGAUUGCACGAAACAUGAUUAUGAUCAUUCCAAUAGCGAAAAUACGGUAUCUUUGGACUUUGAAGAUCAAGAAAAAGAAGAGGAAGACACGGGAUGCCCAUGGGAAGGGGCGGUUAUUUACAAGAGAAACUCCUCAAUAUCACACAUCGAAUACUGCACAACCUUGGAGAGGCUUGGGUUAGGGAGUCUUUCAACCGAGUUAUCAAAAUCUAGGGCUUCUGCAAUGGGGUUAAGGGUCACGAAAGCCGUGAAGGAUUAUCCAUUCGGAACACCUGUUCAGGUCUCUGUCGAUGUGAUGAGGAAGAAGCAAAAGUUGAGGCUCGAUGGGAUCGUAAAAACGGUCAUCACACUUGGAUGCAAUAGCUGUGGUGGACCAGCUGCGCAAAGCAUCUUCUCCGAUUUCUCCUUGCUACUAACCGAGGAACCCGUUGAAGAACCUGAUAUUAUUAACCUGGGAACGAUCCACGGGGACAACAAGAGCAGACCUUAUAGUGGUCUCGGUGACGAUGGAGAGGAAGAUGAUGACGCCUCCAUUGAUUUUGAGGAUCGGCUCUACUUUCCCCCUGGAGAAAAAGAAAUAGACAUUUCCAAGCACAUAAGAGAUUUGGUGCAUUUGGAGAUCAACAUCAAGGCAAUUUGUGAUCCUAACUGCAAAGGUUUCUGCUUCAAAUGUGGUGCAAAUUUGAACACUAGCAGAUGCACUUGCAGCAAACAGGAGGUGAAAAAGAGCUCUUAUGGUCCUCUUGGGAAUUUAAAGCAGCAAAUGCAGGCAAGACAAUGAAGUUUUUACAUUACAAUCGCCUCUUACUUUCGAAAUGUAGUCAAAACAGUGGUAGUUAUAUAGAAAACAGUGAAAAGGGACAAAACGACGAGAAACCCGUUAAUUUCUUUCCUUGUUGUUUGUACAUCUGGGAUCCUAACGGAAGUAAUACCUAGCUCAUUUACUGUUUAAGGU